UUUGUUCGUUUCGUGUGUAUCACAGGUGUGUAUCGAUUUUUUGAGUGAAGUGAACGUAGUGUUCGUGUCCUUUAGUUUAGUGACGUUUGUUAGAAAAAUAUCUGUGAAUGGGAUUGUGUAACGAGAUAAAACGUUUACUUGGUGUGUGAUUCUCUAUAAAGGAUGACGAAGGAUAGGUUAGCGGCGCUCCAAGCGGCGCAAAGCGACGAUGACGAUGUCGGGCCCGAUGACGUCAACGUCGCCGUCGAAGGAGGCUUUAUGGAUGAAUUCUUCAGUGAGGUUGAAGAGAUACGAGAGAUGAUAGACAAGAUUCAGGCGAACGUCGAGGAAGUGAAGAAGAAGCACAGUGCCAUCCUAUCAGCACCGCAAUCAGAUGAAAAAACAAAGCAUGAACUGGAAGAUCUCAUGGCUGACGUUAAGAAAACUGCCAACAAAGUCAGAGGAAAGUUAAAACAUAUAGAGCAGAACAUCGAGCAGGAGGAGCACUCGAAUAAAUCGUCAGCGGAUUUGAGGAUAAGAAAGACGCAGCACUCGACGCUGUCGCGCAAGUUCGUCGAGGUGAUGACGGAGUACAACCGCACGCAGACGGACUACCGGGACCGCUGCAAGAGCAGGAUACAGCGCCAGCUCGAGAUCACCGGCCGCGCCACCACCGAUGACGAGCUCGAGGAGAUGCUCGAGCAAGGCAACUCCGCAGUAUUCACACAGGGGAUAAUAAUGGAGACCCAGCAGGCGAAGCAGACGCUGGCCGACAUCGAGGCGCGGCACGCCGACAUCAUCAAGUUGGAGACCUCCAUCCGCGAGCUGCAUGACAUGUUCAUGGACAUGGCGAUGCUCGUCGAGAGCCAGGGAGAGAUGAUCGACCGCAUUGAGUAUCAUGUAGAACACGCUGUGGACUAUGUCCAAACUGCCACACAAGACACUAAGAAGGCCCUAAAAUAUCAGAGCAAAGCUCGACGGGACCGUCAUGCAAAGAAAAAUCGUCGCGCAUAUAUCGGUGCCUGCAUCCCGCCUGGCAACAAUCAACAUUCAGCAACAGAGCGAAUCAUCAACACGUAUAAACACCUCUUAUUUGUUGUUAGAAGUUCGUCUGUAAGAUUCAAACUAUAUUCAAUUACUUAUCAUCUGAGAUACGUCAUAGGAACAAAUGUUUGAUAUAAUCGUCGUUAGUUACAAUUUAUUGGCCGUAACCACUCCAUUACCGCUGGCUCUAAAAUCGGUUUUAUAGCGAUCACACAAAAACCAAAAUAUUUAUUUAUGAAAUAAACUAAAUAAUUAUUUAGUGCGCAAUAAUAAUCAAUGAAUAUACAUAUGUUAGUUAUACGUACAUUAUAAACUAGUAUCUACACGCAUAACAGUAUUUAGAAUCUUAAUAAUCUCGGUUUCCACUAUAAUAUCCUUACUAUCUAUAUUUUAAAGUAUAUUUAGCCAGUGAAAAUUGGGCAUUUUUUAAAUAAUAUUCACAAUAUGGUCGUUUAGACGACAUAGUGUGAAUAUAGUUUGUAUGUAUAAGUAAAGUGAUACAAAGAUUUGACAGAUACCCUCUCUCAUGUAAACGUUAAGUGUCAGUAAAUGAUUUCUGUUUAAUCGUGAAUAGUUGAACCUGGUUGAUAGGUUAGAGGAAUGGUGUCCGCGCCCCGGCAGUGCGGCGGUUCGUUAGUUCUACCUCACAUAGACUAGCUCGCGCCGCGUCUCGCGCUCGCUGCAUAUCGCGCCGGCGCCGUCGCCGUAGCAAUAAUAAAGUUCGAUUACAAUUGUAAAAUUGUUUAAAACUUUCGAAUGUGUGAUAGUAGAUGCAGUUGUUGUUUAGUUAACUUUAUAAUAAUAAUGAAUUGUUAUUGUGAAUGUAACUUUUAAUAAACAGUAAGAGUACUUUGAACUUUUCAAAUAAUUACAUAGUAUAAACGACUCAUUGAAAUUUUUGGCGCUUUUCGAUCAGAUUUAUAGUUGAGUGAAUUAUAAUUUUAAUUUGAUACCUUUAAGCUCUUCGUUGUACAGUUAAACAUAAUGUAGCCGUUUUAGCUAGGGUAACUUUUUUAAUAAAUUUGAAGUACAGUCUUCAGCAAUAUAAGAAUAGUUAUUGAGCAGUAUUUUCGGUUUGUAAUAAUAAAUUGUAGAGUGUCACUCGAAAAUUUAAGCACCAACAUGUAUUAGCAUUUUCCUAUAAGAAAAUAAAGUUAUUAUUAAACGAUUAUCGCGAAGGAUUAUUAUGUAGUCGUAAAAUAUUAUGGCAUAUUGUUAUGACGUGUCGAGGAGAGGCGCGCGAGUGGAUAACGGCACUAAGUAACCCACCCAGUGUGCGAGUGUGAGUGUGCCCUGCCCAGUGCCCAGUGCCCGGGGCUCUGCCCAGUGCCCAGUGCCCAGUGCCGGAGCUCAGAGCUCGGUCCCCAGUGCCCAGUGCGCAGGCUCGCGCGCGCCUGCUGUCCUGUCUGCAGUUCAAUAUUUAAGAACAUGAAGCAAUGUUAAUUUUAACAUUUAUAGCAUAAUUAGAUUUUUAUCCUUAAGAGUAGGAUUUCAUCUAGUUGCCUUCGUAACAGUAGAGAAAUUAGGUGAUACCUUUUCUCUGAGUAGCUUCAUAAUAAAGUCACGGAGGUCAGCCGCGUUUCUCCACUAGCCAGUCAAUUGUGUCGCUUGUCUUCCCGACAUCGCGCUGACACCAGCUAGUUGCAUCUAAUCUCAUCGUAUCUCUAGUAUAAGUAUAAUAUUAAGGUCUCGAAGCGAGGCCGCGUACCUGACACCAAUCUAACGUUAAUGGUAGACAAGUGCGCCGCAGUCCGCACCGGGAACAGUUCGCACAAGGGACGCGGAGCGCGAGGCGUUCCCACCACGUCGCGUCCUAUCCUAAUUUGUAUAAAAUAAAUCGUUAGAGUAGGUAUAACCGAACUUCUAGUCAGCUUUUAAUAAUCUCUAUUAUUCUAAUAAUAUCAAUCGUAAUAUUGCAAUUGUAUCUUCUGUUACUAGUGUACAUAUAAGUGAUGUUCUCGUGUUCAAGUACGGGCCGGCCGCACGUCGCGCCGCGUCCGCGUGUACGAUCUGACAAACUCAAUAUUAUCGUAAAGCAUAGAUAUUUUCAUAAUCAAUAGUAUGCAUAUUGUUGAUUGGAUUGCUAAUUUUGUAUAAGUACGUACACAAUUAGUAUAGUUUAUAUACUUAUGUGUCAAUUCUCAUAGCGUUUUAUUACAUAACAGACGAUAGCUAGUAAGUGUUAAACGUAAUCCAAAAUGAUUGCAGUGCUGUUUAUUAAGCUUAUUCAAACUUUUUAUGUUGUUUUAAAUGAAUGAUGUUUGAUUAAUCUUGUAUCCUUCGAUCUUGAAUGUAUAAUUAUGUAACUAUUAUCAGAGUUAAUGAAAAUUAACAACAUUUAAGCAAUAGAUCAAUCUUGAAUGUAAUUCAUAGGAAACCCAUAUUAACAUAAAUCACUUCACGAGUCAAAGUAAUGCACGAUAAGAAUUUGUGAAACAACGAACAUUUUGAAAUGUAAUUUUAAGAUCCCAAUGACGAAUGCAACUUUGAAAAACAAUUUCUAUCGCCUCAAGUCUUCAACGUUUUUCCUUAAUAGUUACUAAUGUUACUUGUUUAAUAACAGAAUUGUAUAUCGUCUGUGUCAUGUGAAUAUUCUUCCUGAAAAUUCAGUAGGUAUUCAAAUAAAUUAUAGGGUGCCUUGAGAAGCAAAUGUCUACCGGCAAGUCCUAGCCAAGCAAAGUAGAUAACGAGUUAGUAACUUAAUAUCGGUUCGGCUAAACUAAUUGAUAAGUACAUAUUUUCACUGACAUUACAUAGUCAAUGUUGAUGAGACAUGACAAUCAUGAUCGGCUUAAUGAUGCGAGCAGCAGUAAGAGUGUUCACUUGCACGAGGGAACAGCUAUUGUCGUAGCGCCAGUAUGAUUUGCUGCUGCCGGUAGAGAGAGGCGCCCUCACGAACACGACGCGGUCACGCCACGCCUCCGACACGGGGGGCACUCACUCAAACUUAUAUUCUACAAGUUAUAUUGUUUAUCAGUAGAGUCGCUAGACUUCAAUUUGUAGUUAAAUGUUCGUAAUUAUCAAAUUUCCACAAUUGUGCUUUAUUCUUUCUGACUCUUUGAUGUUGCUUGGCGUUGAAUGAUGUGAAACAUUAUUAUAAUAUUGUAUUAGAGUUUAUUAUUUAUUUUAAAUCAUGUUAUUUUUCAUAAUUUAGUUUAGACAAAAAUGUUAAAAUAGUUUAGUACCGUUUUACGGAUGUUUCUUGUACCUAUAUAAGUAUUUCAGAAUUUAUAUUAAAGUUGUAUUCCAUAUGACAAAAUUGUCUCGUAAUCUUCUUGUAAAGGAACACUGAAUACCUAAACUCGUUGUUACAUGUUACAACUAACAAAUCUUGUAUUACGAAUAUUAACAGUCAGAUUCUGGACACAAUGUAAAAUUCAAGUUAGAUUGGUUUUAUAGUCAUAUUAUAUUCUGUAUGUAGGUUAUCAAUCUGAAAUUCUCUCAUAAUUAUAAAAUAAACGGUGUUUUCUGCUGUA